UGCAAUGCGUAGGACAGAACGAAAGAGGGUAAACUUAGAAGAGGAAGAGCACAAGAGAGCCGCAACAAAGAAGACAAACAAGGUUUUGGUGGCUCAAGAAAAGGGUGAGAGAGAGAGAGAACGGCGGAGAAGUGGGGGAGAAUGGAUGGCAGCACGGUAAUUGGCAUCGCGUGCAUCCAAUUCGAUGCCCGCACCGGCCCGCGCACUGCUGCUUUGCUUGAAUCCCAAGCGGUUGCUCUGUUGCUGGUGUCAUCGCUCGAUUUAUAUUGGAAAGGGGGCAGGUUUUUUCGAUUUCGCUUGAUUUCCCAUUGGAGAGAGGAGCACCGGAGGCCAUACGAGAGAGAAAAGGUUGAAUCUUGUUAGGGUUUCCCUCCCUCCCUCGUAAUUAAUCUUGUCAGAGAAGUUUAAGAAGAAGAUUGCGGCGGUCGAUAGCAGGUUCUCUCUCUGUUUUAGGGUUCUGUUAUCAGAAGCUUGUGUUUUUUCCCUGAAAACAGUUAUGAUAUGGCUAUUUGGGUUUGCGAUUGUUUAUUAGAUUCUUGUUAGGGUUUCUUCGAACCGAAAGAGAUUGUUCUUUAUCUGGGCACUGGUUUUCAAGGGCUGUAGGUGACUGAGUGAUAAGGUACGGAGAAAUGAAAUCUUGGUCGUGGAUCCUUUUAGGAUGGUGGAAUUUGGGCGUUCCGAGGUAGUUGUAUCUGUUCUUGAGAUCGAAAAAGGGUGCUUCUGAAGCCCUGGCUAAUUAUUCAAGGGGUUUUUUUCCUAUCAUAUAUUUUACACACAGAAACAGGUAGAGGGCGUUAAAUAUUCAAAGUGGCUUCCGAGAAGAUUGAAAGAUUUCGGCUCUGCAUAAGUCUCUUUAAAUUAGUGCUUUCAGGACUGUUAGUGUUAUGAGGAUAGUGAUGGAUCAUGGCAUCAAUUUUCCUCAUGGAGGAGUUUUUCUGCAGUCUUUUUGCAAUCAACAUGUAGUUUCUUUUCAACCAAAGGAUGUAAAGAGCACAACCAAUGUUUUUCUUGGUGACAUGAACACUUCAGGUGGAAUAAUUGCAACGACAGGGUUGAUAUUGACUGGGAAUGCCAGCACUCCAAACAAUAUUUCUUCCAUGAUUUUGACAGGUAAUCUGCCAAGCAAUAUCCUUCUCGAUCCAUUACCUGGACUUGAGCAUCUCGCAGCGUUUGCUGUUGAUUGGUCCUGUGAGGAAUUGGAAGUGUUGAAACAUGGUUGUCAUGUUUGCUAGUGAACCUAAUAUCAUGAAGUAUAUCAAGAUAGCAGCUAGACUUUCCGAGAAGACUGUGAGAGAUGUUGCGAUAAGGUGCCGAUGGAUGACAAGGAGGAGAAUGGUAAACAACAUAAAUCUGAAGACUUUUAUGCUGGAAAGAAAAUCAAAGACAGAAAGGAGAAGAUUAUAGGUUGUUCUUCAAUGGUCAAUAUGCACUAUAAUCAACCGGACUGUGAAGCUGCCUGUUCUGUCAUGAUGUGUAAUGGGAACCAUAUGAAUCAGUUCUCAUCUGAAGCAUUCCCAGUGAUUGACAGCAGAACAAUGAAUCUUCUGGAAGACAAUGCAAAACUUCUUCACCAGAUUGCAGUUAACAGUGAAAAUAAUGAGAUGGAAGAAUUGGAUAUAUUACUCUGCUGUAGGGAGCAAAGUGAUUGCAGUCUUAUCCUUUGAACUAGUGCAGAAUUUGUCAUUCAUUUCCUUUGGGUGUAUGAAGUAACUUAUCUGCACUGGUUUGUUCUUUGUUCCCUUAUUCAAUACAGCACAAUUUAUCUGCUAAGCAUUAUUAAAAAGUGCAUUGGUGCUUUUAUCAUAUGUGUUGUUGAAUCAUAUGAUCAGAUGCUUAAGACUCUUAUGGCAUUGUAAAAUUUCAAUUUUCACUGAUUGUUUCCAAGAUUCAUGUAUCACAGAUUGCUAAUAAUCUUUUAUAACUAGUUAGUUUUUUGGGAAGUUUUAGUGCAUGCAUUUAUCUAUUUAUCCAAGCUUCUUUUAACAUGUCCAAGCAUAUCGAUCAUUGGUCAGUUGUACAUUCAUUGUAGCAAUUAACCUUAUUUACCAUUCUUUUUUAUAUAUCAUGACUUCUUUGGCUUUUCAUUGAGGGAUAUGUUGAAUCACAGUGAUCAGUGCAACACCAUCAAUGCUCUUAAUUAGGAUACACUAAAUUUCUCUAAUUUUAUGUAAGUAUUUAAUCACUUUUUUGCCUGCAGAUUAAAUGUUAUGGAAUCUGGAAUUCAUUUUUGACCCAGGAAAAUGUGCAUAUUAAGAGAACUUUUAGAUGCUCAUUAAUAAAAUAAACUUCCCUUGUUGGGUGAAGUUGCUUGGAUUUAUAUACAUUGAUGCAUGAGACCUGAAAAAUUAUUGACCAAAGUGAUGUGGAACUAGAGCAGUAUAAGUGUGGCAUGAGGCACAUAACUCGUUGUCGACAUAUGAAUUUAUCCAGCACGAGCAUUUAGCAACUACGAUCCAUCUUUUAUAACACAAGCCUAUACUAUACAGAUAUUUCUUACUUCACUGUCUGUCAAUUAUUGACUUUGUAUAUUUGUGUCCUAUUCAUUUCUGUGGUUUCCUAUCAUUAUAAAUCCAUCUGGACUGGUGAUGUGUAUUUUGAUUUUUAUACUAUUUCUUGCUACUUUAUAUACUUAUUAGUGAAUACCUAAAGUGUGAUGAGGAUUGAGACAAUGUUACUCUAUUAACGUAUAUUACAUGUUGAAACUGUAAACUAGAAAAUAUAAUCAAUUGUCUAUCAUAGGUUCCUCCAUUAUUUUGAUUUACUAUGAUCAAGAUUUUGCUAAACAGUAAGUUACAUAUUGGUUAGUUUGGCAAAUAGGUAGAUUGUGCUAUCCUUUCAGCAUGUAUCAUUGUCUCUUUGUUAUCAUCUUCAUUCAGAAGCAUGGAUAUGGUACGAACUUCAUCAUUAAAGAACUUGAAACCACAACAUAACAAACAACAUAACAACCAUUUAAAAUAGGUACGAACUUCAUCAUUAAAGAACUUGAAACCAAAUCGUCUAUCUGAUAGUCAUCCCAGUGGAUAUUUCAUGCUUUUUAAUGUUAGUUUGAGCUUCUGAACAAGAUUUUUCUCGUUGAACAGCAUGCUUGAAACGCCUGGUAUUAUGAGCCAGAUGCCUCCACUGCCUGUGUAUGCCAAUGAGAAUCUUCUGCAUUCCAUAUUGCGCUCUACUAGUCAGAUUUAAUUUUGACCACAUUGCCAUUUGGUUUAUCCAAAAUAAUUUGUGAAGUACUCAAGAUCAGAAAGAGAUCAACUCAGAUCUUGUCAGUAAACAUAACUGCAGAUGAACAUGCAUGGUGCUUCUUAUCAUACAGAAAGAACAACAAACGAUUCUUUUUUAACUUUAGUUUCCAAUUCUCAGAUCUAACAUUGUAAGAAACUAGGAAAGCUGGAAUCUGGUAGGUCGAUUGUUGUCAAAAUUAUAGGCUAUCACUGUUGGGGCCAGGUGAUGGAUCGAGGUAUCACCCUAUGUUCUUUGGGAACCAGCUGAUUUAUACUGUACCACGUACCACAGUUGGGAAACUUUCAGGCAUGAAAUGCAAGUGUGCUACAUGUCAUGCUGCUGAACAAGAAACAAACACAAAAUGUGUCGAGAUAUGGCAUAGCAGGAACUCAUGAUAUAAUUAUGAUUUUUUAUGGUUUAAUGUCAGUGUAUAGUUUGUGGCACCUCAAUUCUGGUCUGUAUACAGGAUGAGAUUGACCAAUACAUCGUGUCCAUGAAGCCAAUCAAGGUUCCUUGACUUAUUUGAUGGUCAUUUUGCAGAUUCUGAUGAUUUUUGGUUGAUGACAAGUAUUAUUAGGUCAUGAUCUAAUUGGGAUUUGGCUGGGCAAAUGUUUGUAAAUGGGAAUGAAAAGGUUGGAAAAAAGUAGUAUCUAUAUAUGCAUCUUUUAAACUUGUUCAAGGUAGCAUUUCAGCCUUUUUAUGCUUGUUUCUCUACUUGUGCCAUUUGAUCCAAAUGCCAUUCUAUUAUCCACCGUCUAGUCCGUGACGAAUCAAAAUUUUUUUUUAGAGGAGAUUUUCUCUACCAUCCAUAGUUCUCUCUUUUGCUUUCUGUUGUUACUUUUAACAAGCCUCAAAAUUAGAAGUUACAUCUGUAAAUAAAAAUGUUUGUUUCCACCUUAACUCUCUAGCAUUGUAUCUGAUACUCCGAAAUGGCUGUUUGUGAUAUGUGUGCAAUCGAGUAAUGAAUAAGCUGCUUCAGUAAUGAGCCAUUUUGAUACACAGGAUUCUGAUCAUGAACUCCUAUUGCUUGGCACAUGGACAUGGCAACAGUUAUCUCCAGGAAGAACCAAGCUGCUGGUGACCUGGUGCCACCAAGUGACCGGGUUACUGUAAGUACACAACCUUCUUAUGAAGGUGAUCAAAACUCUCUUUGAUACACCUGCCUUUCGAUAAGAGCAUAAAGAUCGCAUGCCCACACCAGAGGAGACUGAAGAGCCAGUCAAUAAGAAUCUCAAGGACCUGACACUCGUACAUAUCAAGAUUACGAUAUCGAACUUCUUUGUAAAUGCUUUUGUAACACUAACACUAUUAGGUGCUUGCAGUUCAACAAAUUCUUAGUUCUAGAGAAUAAAUAUUUAUCUUCAUAGUGUAAUAAGCUGAACGGAUAUUCAAGUACGAGUGUUUUAUCACCAAUGAAUACAGUUGGACA